GGUCAAAUAAGGUCCAAGGGUGCAAGGCUUUCGUCCACUCUUCUUCCACGUCUUCGACCUCGGUUGAGCCGCAGCGCUUCUGAUCACUGCUCUUCCGCCGAGAGGCGCCCCUCUCUGCACUUCGCACUCUCCUGAAGUCCGGAGCCACAAAGAGUGUACUCCGAGGCGAAACCAGCCAUUGAAGAAGCCAUCUCCCAUGGCUUUCGCGGCAGCGUCGCCGUCUUCGGUGACGAUGCCGGUGCUCUGCUGCACUGCUCGAUCGCCUUCGAAGGCCGCAAGGAAGGUGCCAAAGAAGCAAGCGCGCGCUGUUGGCGACUUCAGCCAUUUGGCUCAGGUGCUUUGCAAGGACGCAGGUUUUAUCAGGAAGCGAUUCAGCGGAGGAGUCCGGUGGUCAAACGAAGCUUUUCGCUUCCCUCAGCUCUUUAAAACACUCGACCACCUUCUUUGGCUUCGGAAUCUCGAAGACCCCAAUGCCCCUCCCUUUUCCCCUCCUGCUUGGCCUCAACCAUUCUAUCCAGAACUCUCUGGAGUGGAUUUGUUCAUGGCUGAUCUCAAGGCCUUGGAGGCAUAUGCUUGUUACUUCUACCAUCUCUCCAAGGCUUGGUCGAGGCCACUUCAGGAGUUCUAUGAUCCAGAGGAAGUGGCUAACUAUUUUGGUUGCAGGCCUCAUUUAGUAGCCCUUCGACUUGUUGAGGUGUUUUCCUCCUUUGCUUUUGCUGCAAUCAAGAUUCGAAUUUGGGGAAUGUGGAAUCUCUAUAGUCCAACUGUUGCUAAGGACAUCAACUGGAAUAUAUCACAAUACAAUUUUGGCAUGGUGCUGAAAGAAACUAUGCUUAGCCUUGGUCCCACUUUUAUCAAAGUUGGUCAGUCUCUUUCGACAAGGCCAGAUAUUACUGGUUCAGAAAUUUCUAAGGCUUUAUCUGAACUGCAUGAUCAGAUCCCUCCUUUUCCCAGGACCAUGGCAAUGAAGAUCAUUGAAGAAGAAUUAGGUUCCCCUGUGGAAACAAUCUUUAGCUACAUUUCUGAGGAACCUGUGGCUUCAGCUUCAUUUGGUCAGGUUUAUCGGGGUACUACUAUUGAUGGUUGUAGUGUUGCUGUGAAAGUUCAGCGUCCUAAUUUGCGUCAUGUGGUUGUCAGGGAUAUUUAUAUUCUUCGCCUUGGGCUUGGUUUAUUGCAAAAGAUAGCAAAGAGAAAAAGCGAUCCUCGCCUCUAUGCGGACGAACUUGGAAAAGGCUUAGUUGGAGAGUUGGACUACACGUUAGAGGCAGCAAAUGCAUCUGAGUUUCGGGAAGUUCACUCCCCUUUUCCAUUUAUUCGUAUUCCAAAAGUCUUUCAUCAUUUAAGCUGUAAAAGAGUGCUCACCAUGGAGUGGAUCGUCGGCAAGAAUCCAAGUGAUUUACUUUUUGUAUCUACAGGAAGUUUUGUAAAUCAUGGCUCUUUGUUAUCAAAAAGCCAGCAACUUGAUGCUAAGGGAUGUCUUCUUGAUCUGGUUAGCAAAGGCGUGGAAGCUUCACUGAUUCAACUGCUUGAAACUGGCUUGCUACAUGCUGAUCCACAUCCUGGAAACUUGCGUUACACAGAUGCAGGGGAAAUAGGGUUUCUGGAUUUUGGUCUUGUCUGUCGAAUGGAAAAGAAACAUCAAUUUGCAAUGCUUGCAUCCAUAGUGCAUAUAGUGAAUGGGGAUUGGGCCUCUCUUGUUCGUGCUUUGUCUGAAAUGGAUGUUGUAAGGCCAGGGACUAAUAUUCGGCGUGUUACCAUGGAACUUGAAGAUGCCUUGGGGGAGGUAGAGUUUAAGGAUGGAAUCCCCGAUGUCAAGUUCAGCAGGGUACUUGGAAAAAUCUGGUCUGUAGCCUUCAAACAUCAUUUCCGCAUGCCUGCAUAUUAUACACUAGUCUUGCGUUCUCUUGCAUCAUUGGAAGGAUUGGCAGUAGCAGCUGAUGAAAAUUUUAAGACAUUUGAAGCUGCAUACCCUUACGUUGUUCGGAAGCUACUUACUGAUAAUUCUGUUGAGUCAAGGAGAAUUCUACAUUCGGCAGUUUUAAACAAAAGGAAGGAAUUCCAGUGGCAAAGGCUUGCUUUAUUCUUAAGAGUGGGUGCAACAAAUAAAGGCUUGCACCAGAUGAUGCUAUCAAAUAAUAAAAUUUCCUUAGAAUCCUCUCCCAAUGGAGCCAGUGGUGUUCUUGAUGUUACAAACUUAAUUUUGAGAAUCUUGCCAUCCAAAGAUGGCGCUGUACUGAGAAGACUCUUAAUGACUGCAGAUGGAACUUCGUUGGUCAAAUCAUUUGUUUCCAAGGAGGGGAUUUUCUUCCGCCAACAGAUUUGCAAGGUUAUUGCUGAUGGAAUAUACCAGUGGGCGAUUGAAACUCUUAGAUGGGCCAUUACCACAAUUCGGUAUGAGUCCCAGCUUAGAUUGGUGAAAGGCCCCUACAUCAGAGAGAUGGGUUCUUCAUCUGCCAUUUAUGCAUAUCGUUCCAUUCUAAGAGAUCGACGGCUUAAAGUGGUUUUCCUCAAGUUAUUUGGCUCUGCAAGGAGAUACCCAUUAUUGAUGCUGAGGUUCUGUUGGACUUCUUUUGUUAUGUUUGUGGCAGCUUCAGCUUUGGCUUGUCGCCGCAUUUUUUCCUCCAUGCAUGAAGCCUUCGUAGGUCCAGUAUCUUUUGCCCCAAAGCAAUUUGUGUUCAGUGGAUGACAUACAUUUUGAGUGGACCAUCCCAGACACGCCCAGAGUGCUGCUGUUUUAUUUUCUCUGUGGCGUAGAUAAAUUCCUGGCAUUUCCUGUACAGUGAAUUUUUGGAAACCAAAGAUGAGGCUCGCGGCUAAUGCCCAGAAAUAAAGCUGUUUUGAUUUGUGUUCUUGGCUGCUGUGGCUCAAUACGACCUCAGGGAUGUGUAUUAAUGUGCCUUUGUAUAUAAAACUAACCCAUGGAUUUUUGGUCGGCUCCCAUCUUCGCUUGCCGACAUUAUUUGUAUUGGCAAAGAGUAGUCAAUUUUGGUACCGCUCUUACCUUGGCCAUUUGCAGAGGAUGCAAGGGCAGCGCAUUGCAUACUGUCAAAACUAUAAAUGUACACAUGUGGUGACAUCACUAUGCGUGGUUACAGUCAUCAUGCUUUUGACAAAUGCUGUCUGUAGUACAUGUUCUAUCAUACUUCAUGGUGUGGUAUAUAAGAGCUUACUUAUGGAGUAUAGAAAUAUGUAUUUGGAUAACUGGGUUGCUUAGGGGUUGGAAGUUGACCAUACAAUUGAUGAAUAUAUUUUCUUCUAUAGUAAUGCAACCAGCAGACUUACAGUUGCUCAUGAAGAAUAUUAUUUGUUUC